AUGCAUUCAUCUUUUCAAAACAACACACCCAAAAAUAAUAGUGAUAUAUUCAACAGUAAUACCAAUAGUAAUAUAAAAUAUACUACCAAUAGUAGUAAAUUAAAUAAUAUAAAUGAUAUAAAUAAUGGUGUUUUUAAAUUAGUUGUAAAAAAUGUACCUGCCAAUGCAAAUGUCGAAGAUCUAACCAAUUUAUUUACACCUUUUAACCAUCUACAGUAUAAAGCUUUGGAGGGUAAUAUGAAAGGAACUGUGUUUGUAGAUUUUCAAAAUCGAGAAGAUUGUGAAAGAGCACUAAAACAAUUACAUGGUUCAAAAAUGGGUGGAAGAACACUAAAGGUGGAGAUUUCAACUGGUAAAAAAAAAGAUAGUAAAAAUAAUACAAGUAACAAUAAUAGCAAUGGUGAUAAUAGUAAUAAUGGAGAUGGAUAUAACAUUAAUAUGGGAAUAGCAGACCCAUCUCAAUCAGUUAUUAAUGAAAUUACAUAUUAUUUACAAACAAGACCAGAUUUUUAUUCCCAGGUUUUAAAUAUUAUGAGUUUAAUGAAUAUCAAAUUAUAUUCAAAACCCGAAAUAAUACGACAAUGGCCAUUAUAUAGUCAACAUUUUGAACCACAGCCAUCAACACAAAAUCCACCACUACCCGAAAUAUCCAAAAAUAUAGAUGAAAAAAAGAGUUUUAAAAGAGGUAUAGAUUAUGAAGAGUCAUUAGUUAAUAAAAUUGUAGAUAUAAAAGAUAAAAAAAAGGAUGAAGAGGAGGAUGAGGAAGAGGAGGAAUGGGUUUCAGAUGACGAUGUAACUAAAAAUAUAGAUCCUUCUGUAAUAGAAUAUACCAACAAACUUUUUCCUUCAGUUAUUUCGCCAAGAGUUUUAAAAAAAGUUAAAUUAUCUAUAAAUAAUAAUAAUUGUAUAAAAAAUCAGCAAACAACAGGCUCAAAAGGUUCUGAGGUUUUACUCAACGAAAAUAUAAAAAAUAAAAUAGAUAAAAAAGAUGUAAAUAGUGAUAUAGAUAACAGCAGCAGCAAUAGUAAUAAUAUUAAUACAGAUGAUAAUAAUAUAGAAAAAAAUAAUAUUAUAGACAAUAAUAAUGAAAAAAAAAAUAUAAAUUUUAAUUUAAAUAUUAAUAAUGAAAUCAAAGAUAUAGUUACAAUCGAACAAAUUAAUAGUAAUAAAUGCACAGUCGAAGAAAUUGAAAGCAUUAUAAAAGGAAAGUUAAAUAUUGGGGAGCCAUCAAAUAAGCUUUAUAUAAAGAAUAUUUCAAAGCAUGUUAAAUCAAGUGACUUUGAAUCAUUAUUUAGAACAUUAUUUGAUAGUGCUGAAUCAAUGAAAUCAAAUUUACAUAUAGAUUACCAUCAAGGUGGUCGAUUGCAUGGACAGGCUUUUAUAACAUUUCCAACCACAGAACUAGCAAUAACAGCACUUCAACAAUCACAAGGAUAUAAAUUUAAUCAAAAACCAAUUAUAAUUUGUUUUUCUAAAAAUAAAAUAAAAUAA